GAGUGUGACCUCAGCACUUCCAGCGGAGCCGCGGGAGAGCCAGGCUGCAGCACGCGGAGGGAGGGACACAGCGAGCGGGCAGGCACAGUGGCGACGAGCCGCGGGAGGAAAGCGCGUCCCCCGCCUGCCGCCCGUGGUCAGGACUAGAAUGUUCUAUGCUCGCCGUGCAUUUCCCCGCCACAAGAACCCGCCGCCGCGGCGUCGUCUCCCCGCAGCCUGAAGCCCAGAUGCUCGCCCUGUCCGCCGCCGACAUGGACGAGUCUUCGUCCCUGCUGGACCUGCUGGAGUGCUCGGUGUGCCUGGAGCGCCUGGACACGACGGCCAAGGUGCUGCCGUGUCAGCACACCUUCUGCCGCCGCUGCCUGGAGAACAUCGUCAGCUCCCGGAACGAACUGCGCUGCCCGGAGUGUCGCAUCCUGGUGGACUGCGGGGUGGACGACCUCCCGGCCAACAUCCUCCUCGUCCGCCUGCUGGACGGCAUCAAGCAGCGGCCCCGGCGAGGCAGCGUCGGAGCGGGCGGCGGCAGGCAGACUUUGCAGGGCUACGCAGCCGGGAUAUGCGCCUCUCCUGCGGGCAGCGCCAUCCGGGAGCUGCCGGUGGCUACACGGAGCUCCCCUGUAAAGAACAUCCCGGCCCUGCCGUGCGGGAAGGCGCUGUACUCGUACGAGGGCAAGGAGCCGGGGGACCUGCAGUUCUCCAAAGGCGACAUCAUCAUCCUGCGACGCAAAGUGGACGACAAUUGGUACCACGGCGAGCUGAACGGCUGCCACGGCUUCUUGCCCGCCAGUUACAUCCAGCUGCUGCGGCCCCUCAGCCAGACGCCACCUCAGGGCAAAGCACUGUAUGACUUUGAGAUUAAAAACAAAGACCAGGAUAAAGACUGUCUGUCGUUCAGCAAGGAUGAAGUACUGACAGUAAUCAGACGAGUGGAUGAAAACUGGGCAGAAGGCAUGCUGGGAGACAAGAUUGGUAUCUUCCCCAUUCUCUACGUGGAGUUGAACGAAACGGCCAAGCAGCUGAUGGAGAUGGACAAGCCGACCACGACCAACGUGCCGGGCCCCAGCUCUGAGCCGGCCCCGUUGGGUCCCUGUUCUCUGGGGCCCUCCCCCGGCACCUCGCCGUCCAACGGGAACGGCCCGGCCCAUCGGCGAGGCGAAGGGAAGAAGAAUGCCAAGAAGAGGCACUCCUUCUCGGCGCUGUCCGUCAGCCAGCGAGCGGCCCAGCUCAACAACAGACACAGCAUGGAGAUCUCCCAUCCAGUCCUCAUCAGCUCCUCGGACCCUAGGGCCGCCGCUCGCAUCCAGGACACAUCGUCCCCGGGGCCCUCGCCCUCCUCGGCAGGGGGGCCGCUGCCUCCAAAGGUGGCCUCCAUAACCUCGGAGCUGUUGGCCCAUGCCAAGGUGCAGCUGCCGCUCAACAUCUACCUGGCUCUGUACGCCUACAAGCCGCAGAAGGCGGACGAGCUGGAACUACGGAAAGGCGAGAUGUACCGUGUGACGGAGAAGUGUCAGGACGGAUGGUUCAAAGGCACCUCGCUGAGAACGGCCGGCUCCGGCGUCUUCCCGGGAAACUAUGUCACCCCUGUGUCCAGGGCAACAUUUGGAGUGUCUGCUCCUCGUGGAUCGUGUGUGUCUGGCCCAGGAAAUGGUGGAAGUAGUCAGGUGGGAGGUAAAACCUCAGACCCCUCCUCUCCGGCGUCCCCGGGCCCCUCUUCGUCGCGACCUUCCACCCCGCUGGCCAACUCCGUCAGCCCCGCCUCCUCGCCGCAGACGGCGGCGGCGCAGCUGAAGAACUGCUUGCGCUCGGCUCAGCAUCCGCUCUCGCAGACACGCACCUCCAUGCAGCUGAUCCACAGCCCUCCUGCUGGGAGCCCAGAGCGACCCCAAGUUUCCAUAUCCUCCCUGCGCUCUCAGAGCUCCUCCCCCUCACGCUGCUCCGGCCAAUCAGGUCGCCCCCUCUCCAUGACGUCCCCAGGGCCCAGUUUGGGCCCCUCGCCGCUGUCGUCCCCCGCCUCUCGGCCCCACCCGCCCCUCUCGUCUCCUCUCUCCUGCCUCACGCCGCCCAACGUGUCUGCGGCGCUCCUCAACGGGGAGGCGGGCAGUCCCCUUCACCCGCCCUCGCCGGGACCCUCCCACACGCCCUCUCCGCCCGCCCUCGCACCCAAGCCUGAAAAGAAAGAGAGGAAGGCGGGGGGUCUCCUGAAGCUCUUGUCGGGGGCGGCGGCCAAGAAGAAGGCUCGCUCGCCCCCUCCCUCGCCGCCCACUAACGACCCCGCCUCGGCGGCCAGCGACCUCGCCCAGCACCCUCGCCACCGCCACCACCACGCCCGCUCGGGCUCCUGCCCCAUGGCCUCGCAGGGGCGGGCCGGCUCCUGCCCGGUGGAGAUCGACAUGGCGGGGGCGGCGGGCUUGGAGCCGCUGCACAGGAAGUCGGGCUCCUUGGAUACCAACUUCCCUUUGUCGCCCCCGGCAACGCGGGCCGGCAGCGUUCUGAUGGUGCUCCGGCCUGAGCCCAAGCCACUUUCCAGGGAGAGGUACCGUGUGGUGGUGCCGUACCCGCCCCAGAGCGAGGCGGAGAUCGAGCUCCGCGAGGGCGACGUGGUGUUCGUGCACAAGCGGCGGGAGGACGGCUGGUACAAGGGCACCCUGCAGAGGACGGGGAAGACGGGCUUGUUCCCCGGCAGCUUCGUGGAGAGCUUCUAGAAGACCUUUUUUUCCAGCCUGCCUUAAGGAGCUCCGGGAACUGGGCAGUGGAGUCUGGCAGGAAGGAGGGAAUGGUUUUCACUAGGGAUGUCCGAUAAUAUCGGCCGAUAAAUGCGUUAAAAUGUAAUAUCGGAAAUUAUCGGUAUCGUUUUUUUGUUUGUUUUUGUUAUUAAAUCAACAUAAAAAAUACACUUACAAUUAGUACACCAACAUAAAAAACCUCCUCUCCAUUUACACUCAUUCACACAAAAGGGUUGUUUCUUUCUGUUAUUAAUAUUCUGGUUCCUACAUUAUACAUCAAUAUAUAUCAGGGGUCGGCAACCCGCGGCUCUAGAGCCGCAUGCGGCUUUUUAGCGCCGCCCUAGUGGCUCUCUGGAGCUUUUUAAAAAAUGUAUGAAAAAUGGAAAAAGAUGAGGGGAAAAAAAAAUAAUUUUUUUUGUUUUAAUAUGGUUUCUGUAGGACGACAAAC